AUGUCGAAUAUUAUGCCUCAAGUCAGAGGCUCCCCAAAAGGUACCACCUCAACUACCGUCUCAGAGGCUGCCGCGCGCCCAUUGAUCCCUGAAGAUGGUCUCACACAGGAGGCCGCCAAAGACAUUCUCAAGCGAACACUAUCUGUGAAAACGGCCAAUGCAGCAACCGAUAUCAUUUCGGAGCGAACCGGCCUCUCCAAAUCCCUGGGUAGUAAUCAGUACCCCUUACGAGACAUUGGACGGGGCAGCUGUGGGAGUGUCUUUGAAGUACCAGAAACCGUAUACGCCAUCAAGAAAGGGGCGGGGACCGAAGCCAUCUGGAACGACUUCAAUUUGACCAAUUGCGCCUACAACAGCUGCCUGACUUCGCUGGGCUUGUUCGAGUAUGCCUUUCGUGGACGUCGCGUCCCUCGUGUGCCCAAGGCACGAUAUUUCAAUGGACCAGACGCCGACGGGGUUUGGACUGCUAUCAUAUCAAGAUUCCCCGAGGCAGACCGGACCCGCGCCGCAGCAUUCUACCUUGACCAUAUUCUGCCUGUGCCUCGGGUGACACGUCAAGCUCUGGUCCGGCGAUUCUUCCAGCCAGACGAGCAAACCCAAUAA